GCGCAUUUCCGCCGGCUGUCCGGGCGGGCGCAGAGUCCCGCGGGCGGCGCGGAAGCGGCGGCGGCGGCGGCGCUGGCGGGGCAGCCAUGUCGCCAUUGUCUGCGGCGCGGGCGGCCCUGCGGGUCUACGCGGCCGGCGCCGCCGUGAUUCUGGAGCAGCUGCUGCGGCGCUGCCGCGGGGGCUUCCCGGAGCCAGUGUUUGCUCCACAACCCGACCGUGUCGCUAUAGUGACGGGUGGGACAUGUGGCAUCGGCUACUCCACAGCGAAGCAUCUGGCGAGACUGGGCAUGCAUGUGAUCAUAGCUGGAAAUAAUGACAGCAAAGCUGAGGAAGUCGUAAGAAAAAUAAAAGAAGAAACGCUGAGCGUCAAAGUGGAAUUUUUAUACUGUGACCUGACUUCGAUGGCGUCCAUCUGGCAGUUUGUCCAGAAGUUCAAGAUGAAGAAGAUUCCUCUCCAUGUGCUGGUUAACAACGCUGGGGUGAUGAUGGUCCCUCAGAGGAAAACCAGAGAUGGAUUUGAGGAACAUUUCGGCCUGAACUACCUGGGGCACUUCUUGCUGACCAACCUUCUCCUGGAUACCCUGAGAGAGUCAGGGUCCCCUGGCCACAGUGCGAGGGUGGUCACUGUCUCCUCCGCCACCCAUUACGUUGCUGAGCUGAACAUGGACGACCUUCAGAGCAGUGCCUGCUACUCACCCCACGGAGCCUACGCCCAGAGCAAGCUGGCCCUCGUCCUCUUCACCUACCACCUGCAGCGGCUGCUGGAGGCCACGGGGAGCCACGUGACGGCCAAUGUUGUGGACCCCGGCGUGGUCGACACGGACCUCUACAGACAUGUAUUCUGGGGUACACGUCUGGUGAAGAAGCUUCUCAGCUGGCUGCUUUUCAAGAACCGUCUAAGUGUCGUUUUUUGAAGUGUCUGCUUUUGAAACACUGCCACAGUUCGCCUUGGAAACCGCGUGGGCCAGGGAAUUUUCGGAAGAGCGAUUCUCACUCAGCUUUCAACAUUUCUCGAACGUGUAUUGCUUUGUUGAAGUUUCUGCCUCUUUGUGAGUCAGUUGAGCCUGCUUUUCUCUUUAGAUAACUGCUCCAUCACGGUUUGGGGUUAAUGAGCGUGCCUACAAAUUCCCUUUUCUUCCCAUUGGACUGCCUGCCUUUGCUCUCGGUUUCAUCUCAAAGUCUCUUACGGAAUCAGCUGUUCUUUGAAUCUCUAAUUCCUCAAGCAAAGAAAUUUCAAAAUAUUAGUUUUUUGGGGGUUUUCUUGAGACAGAGUUUCACUAUUGUUUUCCAGGCUGGAGUGCAGUGGUGCAAUCUCGGCUCACCACAACCUCUGCCUCCCAGGGUCAAGCGAUUCUCCUGCCUCAGCCUCCUGAGUAGCUGGGACAACAGGCGUGUGCAACCACGCCUGGCUGAUUUUGGUAUUGUUAGUAGAGACGGGGUUUCACCAUGUUGACCAGGCUGGUCUUGAACUCCUGACUGCAGGUGAUACACCUCCCUGUGCCUCCCGAAGUGCUGGGAUUACAGGCGUGAGUCACCUCACCCGGCCUGCCUCUCUGAAUGCACCUGGUCUGAUCUGAAGCAGAGUUAACUCUGGUUAGUGUUUAGAUGAGGCAUCAUCUGGGAAAACCUGGGUGAUUUCUACUCUAUUCUGUUAUUUUAUUUUAUUUUAUAUUGAAACAGAGUUUCACUCUGUCGCCCAGGCUGGAGUGCAGUGGUACAAAUCUGAGGACAGCAUUUGCUUUCUUUUUUCUUUUAAAUUUUUUCUAGGCUAGGUCUUGCUCUGCAUCCUUGGCUACAGCAUAUGUUUUUAUACAGAUGGGAUCUCACUCUUCACUCAGGAUGCUCUUAGGCUCUGGGAUUAUGACUCAGUCACUUGCUGAAGCCUCAAAAUCCUGGUUUUAGGCGAUUCUCCCACCUCGGCCUCCCAGAGUGCUGGGAUUAUAGGCACGAGCCACCGUCACUGGCCUGGAUUUUAUUUUUUUUCUAAAUAUUCAACAACCAAAGUGGAAUUCUAGCCACAUGAGUCAUUCUUUAAUCCUUUGAUCAUCGUCUGCAAAUUUGGAUUAAAAACAACCACAGGGCAUUGCUUGAGUCAUAGUGCCUUUAUAUAAGAGAAAACAUGACGGAAACUUUAAAAUUAUAAAGCAGAAGAAUACACAUUAGCAUGGAAAUGAAAUACAAAUGAUGUAAGAAUUUUAAAGAAAAGUCUAUGCAGCAGUGGUAGCUCUGAUGCUGCGUUUAUAAAGAUAAUUCUGUAUUGCUGUGUCGGUAUUGUUUCCUAGUGUGAAUGCAUGCAUUGUAUAUUAACACUUGGAAGACCAGCCAGGCACGGUGUCUCAUGCCAGUGAUCCCAGCACUUUGGGAGGCCGAGGUGGGCGGAUCACUUGAGAUCAGUAGUUCCAGACCAGCCUGGUCAAUGUGGUGAAACCCCGUCUCUACUAAAAAUACAAAAAAUCAGCUGGGCAUGGUGACGCGUGCCUGUAAUCCCGGCUACUCAGGAGGCUGAGGCAGGAGAAUCACUUGAACUAGUGAGUCAGAGGUUGCAGUGAGUCAAGAUUGUACCAUUGCACUCCAGCCUGGGCAACAAAAGUGAAACUCCAUCUCAACAAAACAAAAUAAAAUAAAAAGACUCGGAGGACCUGCCUAGUAGACCCUGGGGAGACUCUGUGUGAUGUACAAGUCUUUGUGUUCCUUUGUUCUUUUUGGAGACAGAGUCUCGCUCUGUUGCCCAGACUGGAGUGCAAUGGCACAAUCUCGGCUCACUGCAACCUUUGCCUUCUGAAUUCAAGCGAUUCUCCUGCCUCAGCCUCCUGAGUAGUUGGGACUACAGGAGCACACCACCACAAUCAACUAAUUUAUAUAUUUUUAGUAGAGGUCAUCUCACCAGCUGGCUUAUUUAUUUAUUGAUAAGUAAUGGGUCUACUUCUGAUAAUGGUAAUAUGAUUCACUGAUCUCUUCUAAGAAACUGGAAUUCAGAGGAAGUAGUCUAGUGCAAGAGGCAGACCCAGGAGAUAGACUGAGUCGUGUAUUCUACAGAUGUCCACAUCCUAAUCUCCAUUUUCUGGACAGAAUAAUGUCCCCAAAUAUGUCCAUGUCCUAAUUCCCAUGUGACAGACAGAAUAAUGGCCCCAGAGAUGUCCACGUCUGAAUCCUCAUAUGGGAGACAGAAUAAUGGCCCCAAAGAUGUCCACAUCCUAAUCCCCAUGUGGGAGACAGAAUAAUGACCCCAAAGAUGUCCACAUCCUAAUCCCCAUGUGGGAGACAGAAUAAUGACCCGAAAGAUGUCCACAUCCUAAUCCCCAUAUGGGAGACAGAAUAAUGGCCCCAAAGAUGUCCACAUCCUAAUUCCCAUGUGGGAGACAGAAUAAUGACCCCAAAGAUAUCCACAUCCUAAUCCCCAUGUGGGAGACAGAAUAAUGGCCACAAAGAUGUCCAUGUCCUAAUCCCCAUGUGGGAGACAGAAUAAUGGUCCCAAAGAUGUCCACAUCCUAAUCCCCAUGUGGGAGACAGAAUAAUGGCCCCAAAGUUGUCCACAUCCUGAUCCCCACAGUUUGUGAAGAGGGGACUUCCUUGACAAUGGGAGGCUUUAAAAGCGGAUCUCAGGGCACAGUGCAGGCUGGCUACGUGGCUGGUUACGUGGCUGUGCUGUGCAGUGAUGUUGCCUGGGUUUUUAAUGUAACCACCACCCAAACAGUGUACAUCGUACCCAUUUGGUAAUUGGGGACUUUGCAGAUUUGCUUAAAUUGGAGAUCUUGGGAUGGGGACAUCGUGUACUCUCAUCAUAAGUAGGAGACAGGAAAAUCAGAGCCACAGAAAGAAAAGUCAGAAGCUGAGGUGACACGGCUCCUGUCUUUCAAGAUGCAGUAAGAGGCCAGGCACCAACAGGAACAGACCUCGGAGGCUGGGCAAGGCAAGGAAAAGGGUUUUUCCUGGAAGCCUCCAGAAGGAACCGGCCCUGCUGACACCACAGUUUCACCCGUGUGACAUCCAGCUUUUGAUUUCUAACCUCUAGAACUUUAAGAGGACACACGUGUGCUGUUUUAACCCACCGAGCGUGUGCUGGCUUGUUAGACAGCCACAGGACAUGCAUGCACACCCUUGACAUGAGUCUUGGCUAAGGGCAUGGUUUCACUGGUCCUUUGGGGCUGGAGGCGGUGCACUGGAAGAGGAGACCGUUUCUGCAAAGCCUAAAGUGGGCUUGACUGGUUGGAUAUGGAAAGGCGUAGAGAGUUUUUGUUUCUGAUUCAGGUCGUUUGAAGGAAUGGUAGUGUCUGUCCAAGAGAUGGAGAAAUGGGGAAAUGCCCCAGUGGGGACUUGGGAAAGGUUGACUUUGAGGGGUCUCUACGUGAAUACACCCACAGUGCUACCAUGAAUGUGCAUCUGCAGAAGAGAGGAGAAUGGGGAUGGAGACUGCAGCUUCAAAUAUGGAGGCAGGCAGGGAGGUGCAGAAUGCACGUACAUGGAUACAGCUGUGUGCAUGGAUCAGAGCUGUGUGCGUGGGUAGAGUAAGGCAGGGAGGUGCAGAAUGCAUGUACAUGGAUACAGCUGUGUGCAUGGAUCAGAGCUGUGUGCGUGGGUAGAGUAAGGCAGGGAGGUGCAGAAUGCAUGUACAUGGGUCUACCUGUGUGCAUGGAUGAGAGCUGUCUGCACGGGUGAAGGCAGGCAGGGAGGUGCAGA